UGGUCAUGUUAAAUUCGUAUCGAUCUAUAUUUUUUAAAUAUUUUUUUUUUUUUUUUAAUUUUUACUUGCUCACGAUUUGAGAUAUUAAGAGUCAAAGUAAUGGUUAGAGUAGUAAAAAUCAACCAUAGUGCGAUAUUUUCGGAACGGAGGAACCAUUAUACAUAUCUCUGUACGAAACUCUAUAUCGUUCCAUUUGAGUGAACUUAUAGUCUAUAUAGGACUGUUAUUAACAUUUCUCAUGUAGUCAUAUUCAUAUAUGAAAAUGAUGUUUAGAUCAAGAAUCGAACCUUUGUUCACCUUAGAGAGAGAAAACAUAACAAUUAUCCCAAUUUAGAAAAAGAAAAAAGAAAUAAUAGAAGAAAUAUCAAUAGAGAUAUAUGGUCCCACUUUAGGCUGUGCCUGGAUUAUCCUCAACUUGUCGCGGCAAAACACCAUUAUCUCCAUUUUCCACCAUUCUCUUCCUUUCACAAGGUUUAUCUGAGGUUUUCUCCCUCCAUUUCUCUCUCCUCACUCCAAAACUCAGCAAUUCUUCAACCAAUACUCAACAAUUCUUCACCCCGAACCUCAAAUUUUCACCACAAAUGUCUUCCACUGCUUCCUUCUCACCAAUCCCACAAGUUCAAAUUCAAAAACAGUGGAGAAAACCAUUAAAAUCCCACAAAAAAGCUUCAAAAACCACCCAUUUCUCUCUCUUCAUCCCACUAUCCAGCAAGCAAUUGCGCAUUGAACACCCAUUAUUUCCUUCUUCUUCUUCUUCUUCAAACUCUUUCCCUUCAACCCUUUCAUUGCCUUCUUUAACCCCCAAAUUGGGCAAAACCAGCUUCUUCCAACCUUCCCCACAAUCCCAGAUAAUUCUUGACUCUCCUGAGGAAGAAUUAGCCGAAAAAAUGGAUGGGCAUUUUCGCAAUUCGGAUAAAAUUAAGGGUUCUAGUAGGAUUUUUAUGCAGGACCCACCAUGGGUGAACACCCUUUUCAUGAAAGGUUUAGUGGAUAGUAAUACAGGGUUGAGGUUAGAAUUUAAGGAGAUAGAGAGGGAGAAGUACAAUUUGUUGAGGAGGAGGCAGAUUAAAGCCGAAACCGAGGCGUGGGAGAGUAUGGUGGAGGAGUAUAGAGAGUUUGUGAGGGAGAUGAGGGAUAAGAAAUUGGCACCUAAUUUGCCACAAGUGAAGGCAUUGUUUUUGGGUUGGUUUGAGCCUUUGAAGAAGGCAAUUGAAAAGGAGCAGAAAUCACAGAGGUCUAGGAAGCAGAAGGCUAUCUAUGGAUAUCAUAUUGAUAUGUUGCCAGCUGAUAAGAUGGCUGUCAUUGUUAUGCAUAAGAUGAUGUCAUUGCUUAUGGUUGGUAAUGAUGCCGGUUGUGUUCGCCUUGUUCAGGCUGCUCUUCAGAUUGGGACUGCUAUUGAGCAGGAGAUAAAAAUUCACAGUUUUUUGGAGAAAACCAAGAAUAUACGAAAAAAUGCUAGUGACUUGCCAGAGGACUUAUUAAAGGAAAAAGAAAUACAGAGGAAUCGCGUGAAGAGCUUAAUCAAGAGGAAAAGAUUAUUUGAGGCAGCAAAACUGGUGACAAGUGAAGAUAGCAAGUCAUGGAGUCAAGACACUCAAGCUAAGUUGGGAAGUCGUCUGAUAGAGUUGCUGAUAGACACAGCUUAUAUUCAGCAUCCAACUAGUCAAUCAGCUGACACUCCGCCUGAUGUACGACCUGCAUUUAGGCACAAAUUCAAAAUUUUGAACAAUGAGCUAGGACAGCAAGUGGUGAAAAGAUAUGGAGUCAUAGAAUGUGAUCCGCUUGUUCUGAAAGGGAUUGAUAGAAGUGCUCGAUACAUGAUUAUUCCUUAUGUCCCAAUGUUGAUACCUCCGAAGAAUUGGAAAGGGUAUGACAAAGGUGGCUACUUGUUCCUGCCUUCUUAUGUUAUGCGAACGCAUGGUUCAAGAAAGCAACAAGACGCAAUGAGGAAAACUCCACCUCAGCAGAUGCAGAAAGUAUUUGAGGCCUUAAAUACUCUUGGACACACAAAAUGGAGAAUCAACAGAAAAGUUCUCGGUGUGGUGGAAAACCUAUGGGCUAGUGGUGGCAACAUUGGCGGUCUUGUUAAUUGCGAUGAUGUUCCGUUGCCUGAAAAGCCACUGACAGAGGAUCCAGCAGAAAUUGAUACAUGGAAAUGGAGUGUCAGGAAAGCAAAGAAAAUCAAUAGAGAGAGACAUGCUUUACGAUGUGAUGUUGAACUCAAAAUUUCUGUUGCUCAGAAGAUGAAAGACGAAGAAGGCUUUUAUUAUCCUCAUAAUCUUGACUUCCGUGGUCGAGCUUAUCCCAUGCAUCCACAUCUAAAUCAUUUGAGUUCAGAUCUUUGCCGCGGCGUGCUUGAGUUUGCUAGCGGACGGCCUUUAGGAAAAACUGGGUUGCAUUGGCUGAAGAUUCACUUGGCAAAUGUAUAUGCUGGCGGUGUUGACAAGCUUUCGUAUGAGGCACGUGCAGCUUUUGUGGAGAAUCAUCUGGAAGAAGUAUUUGACUCAGCUACCAACCCUAUUAAUGGAAAUCGAUGGUGGUUAAGUGCAGAAGAUCCUUUUCAAUGCUUAGCUGCUUGUAUUGAUCUUACAGGAGCCUUAAACAGCUCAUCACCGCAUUCUUUCAUCUCCUAUCUUCCUAUACAUCAGGAUGGCUCAUGCAAUGGCCUACAGCAUUAUGCUGCUUUGGGAAGAGACAGUAAGGAAGCAGCGGCAGUAAACUUGGUGGCUGGGGAGGAACCUGCAGAUGUGUACUCAGAAAUUGCCGUCAGGGUUCGUGAAAUUAUGGAAAAGGAUAGCAGAAAAGACCCUAAAACAGACCCACAUGCAGUGUUAGCCAAAGUCCUAGUUGACCAGGUGGACCGCAAACUGGUGAAGCAGACAGUAAUGACUUCUGUUUACGGUGUUACAUUUGUUGGGGCGAGGGAGCAAAUUAAGAGGAGAUUAGAGGAGAAGGGUGUUAUCACUGAUGACAGACUACUUUUUUCUGCAGCCUGCUAUUCAGCCAAGGUAACAAUGUCCGCUCUUGGUCAGUUAUUUCAAGCUGCACGUGGUAUAAUGGAUUGGCUUGGUGAUUGUGCUAAGGUUAUUGCUUCUGAAAAUCAACCUGUUCGCUGGACUACUCCUCUUGGUCUGCCAGUUGUACAACCAUACUGUAAAAGUAAACGACAUCUUAUAAAAACAUCACUUCAGGUUUUGGCCUUGCAACAGGAAGGUGAAGGGAUUGAAGUUAAAAAACAAAGGACGGCAUUUCCUCCGAACUAUGUGCAUUCACUUGAUGGCACUCACAUGAUGAUGACUGCUGUGGCAUGCAGAGAUGCCGGUUUACAGUUUGCAGGUGUGCACGAUUCAUUUUGGACACAUGCGUGUGAUGUGGAAAAGAUGAAUCAAAUUCUUCGAGUGAAGUUUGUGGAGCUGUAUAAUAUGCCCAUUCUAGAAAAUUUGCUUGAAAGUUUUCAGACAGCAUAUCCGGCAUCAACCUUCCCACCACUACCAGAAAGAGGAGACUUCGACUUGGAAGAAGUCCUUGAAUCACCAUACUUCUUCAACUGAAUUAUGCACAUACCAAUCUUUCUGCAAAAGCAAAUCAACUUUGUCAACCCGGAAGAAAGUUCUGCAUCAAAUGUUGGACUGAAUGUUCAGGCUCAUUCCUGAGCAAGCCAAGGACGCGCUAACCCAGAAGUUUUUCCCACGAUAAUUCUUUUUGACCUAUGAAGGUUAUAUAUGUGAAGCUAAUAGAAUCUGGGUGAGAAACUGAGAAACUCAAAACACGGACAUUUCACUUGAUCGGGACAAUGGUGUCGUGCCAUUUACCUUAUAGAGAACCCUGCUAUAGCAAUACCAGAUAAUCCGGCUUGGCUGCCAUGAGAGGGCAAAGAGUCAUACCGGGAAAUGUUGCUGCUUAUAUUCAUCUCUUUUUUGUGAUGUUGAAGCUGCUUAAAGAAGUGUCAUAGACAGCCAUACACCGAUGUAAUUUUUGUUCGUCAGGAGCUUGUAAAUACUAGAUGGUAACCCUAAAUUCUAUCUCUGUUGUUGUAUGAUCAGAAAGGUAGAAAAGAUUUUGUACCAAGCAGCUAGACACUAAAGUAUUCAAUGUUUUUUGUACAAGUGUAUUGUAAAAAUUCAGUUCAGUAUAUAAUAUAGAAAAUUUCUUCUCUCA